CAUCAAAAGCAUCCACUCCUCUCGACAGGACGUAGACUCAUCGGCCAAGAUAUGGACCAGUCUCACCUCAAGUCCUGUCCCACUGGCCAGAAGUCUGAGCCUGCAGGCCUAGCUGUCAGCUCCACCAGCCCCAACUGUUUCUCCUCAAACCAAGGAUUGGACUCCGUCUACCAAGACCUGGACCUGGACUCUCUGAAUGAAGAUCUUUCCUUGCCUGUUCCAGAUGCCAUGACAGAGACCUCUGCGUCCACAAAUGAAUCCCGCCUAGCUUCAGAACCAAAUCUGACAGAGGCUGAGCAACUGGAGCUCAAAUCUGAGCUUACUAAACUGGAGGAAGAGAUCUUAAACUUACGUGACCUGCUUGCAGCCAAAGAGAAGCGGUGUGGCGAACUCAAGAGGAAGUUAGGCUGCGUGCCCUUGGUGGGACUGAGGCAGAAUCUGUCUAAGAGCUGGCAUGAUGUUCAGGCCUCCAACACCUACAUGAAGCAGAAGACGUCAACUGCCCUGGCUUCGGUGGGUUCUGCCAUCUGCAGGAAGCUUGGAGAUGUGAAGAAUUCGUCCACGUUCAGAUCUCUGGAAGGGCUGGUGGGAACAGUCAAAUCAAGAGUUGCAGGUGGCAGAGAGCUCGGCAGUGGCCUUCUCCCUUCACCAGUGAGUGGCAGUGAUCCACACUCGACUCUGGGGAGUGGAUAUGAAACUGUUCCAGGGCUUGAUGAGCAGCUAUUUUCUGUCCUGAAGCCAGAGUAACCCCUUUGUUAGCCUUGCGUGGCUGCCAAACCUGUAUCUAUGUAUUCCUUCUCCCGUCAUCGCAGUUGUCAAACAAAAACAAGCAACCAACCAACCAUGGUAAAACUACUCUAAUUCUGGACAUAGAUAUGGUCCAGUUGUGAUAAUGAGGACACCCAUUUCUGCAUAGAUAUUUGCUGUUCUUAAAUGAGAAAGAAGCCCAAGAUUUAUACUAGUUAAUAAUACUGAAGUUUGUAGAAGAAACACGUCUCUAUGUUAGCUUUUCUGUGGUUACUUUUAAUGGACUCAGUAAUGGCUCCAAGGGGUCUUAGACCAGAUCCUAAACUCCUUAAACGAUUAGUUGAUUAGGAGGCCAAUGAGAUUUCUGUCUGGGAUUGGGAAAAGGGAUGAAGCAACCUGGCUAGAUAUUCUACCAGCACCACUUGACCUGCACCCAGUAUUUUAUUGCAGUGUUGGCGAUGCCACCCAAUGACUCACGUAUUCUGUAAAGUCUCCUGAGCUUCAUCCCUGUCAUCGCAGCUUUUUAAUUUUAAAACACAAGAAACUGUCCAUUUUAAGACUGCCAGAAAAGAGAAAAAAAAAAUAUUGGCCACUAAGUGUUACUCUAAAACUAUACAUUUUAUAAAACUUUCAUUAUUCAACGUGACCAAUUCAGCCAAUCAACUUAGCGUUAAUACAGGAGAUGUAUUUUGGACUGAAAGUGAAAAUUCUAAUUUACAUUGAAUAUACUUUUGCUCUCUUUUUGUAUUAAAGUUGUGGUUUAAAGUUUAACCCUUGAGGCAGCAUGUCUCCGCCACCAAUUGCAUCUUAUUCUGCAGCAGUUGCCAACUAGUAAUCACCGUCAGCUAAGGGGCACAGUGUAUCCAGAUUAAGAAAUAUAAGCCUCCUCCUACCUCCAUCUUAAACAUUUUAGUCCCCUGUAAUGCUGGCUGCUAUGACUCUGAAAAGGCCUUAUUAAAUAUACAUCACUCUUCUGGUUGACUCUAAACCUGCCUGUUUUUUUAACUUCAACUCGGAAGGAAGAAGGACUUCCAAGAUCAAUAGAAACCUGUAGGAACUUGGUUUGAGUUUGUUCAAGCGUUCUAAUAUCUCAUUUUCACAGGAACUGUGUUUUGUGUUAUGUUUGUGUUUUGUUCGUUAUUUUCCUUUUUCAAAAUCCCUAUCCCAACAGCGUCCUCCUUGUCUCCCACACUGUCUGGAGUAGGAGCUGGUAUAACCUUGAAGCCCAGCAGUCCACUGUCUGUUGGAGUAUAUUUCAAUAACCUGUCGUUGCCUACAAUUUGGCCCUUGAGUUCAAGCACCUAACCCUAUUUUGCUAUUUCUUGAAUGUUUCUCUUACAUCCCCUUUUGUUCUCUACAGUGAAACUAAAUACUGCUGUCAGUGUAGAAGCUCUUGAUAAGCUGUAAAGCCAUUGAUAAAUCCCAGCUCUCCACUGAGUCCCAAAGGCCACGUUUUUGCUUGGAUUAAAAGAAU